AACCUCAAUUCAAUUAACCCAGGAAAUGUAAAAUGUUGUCAAUUCAAUUCAAUUCCAUAACACAUUGUUGAACACUGCAAUGUACCCACUCACUCUCAAAGAGACAAUUCUGAGCCACAUAAAGAGAUGCUGGAGGCCCAAAUCACUAGAAUCGGUCUAUUCCUCCAUGAUCAAGGUUAAUGCCACCCAAGAUUGCUUCUUGAUGAAUCAAUUCAUAAGUGCAUGCUCUACUUUUUCUAGCAUUGAUUUGGCAACUACAGCUUUUGCCCACAUGGAAAAUCCUAAUGUUUUGGUUUAUAAUGCAUUAAUGAGAGGCUGUGUUCAUUGCUGUUACUCAGAUCAAGCAUUGGUCUAUUAUAUGCACAUGCUGAGGAACAAUGUCAUGCCUACCAGUUAUUCCUUUUCAUCUUUGAUCAAGGCUUGCAGUUUGUUGAUGGAUUCAGCUUUAGGCAAAGCUGUUCAUGGCCACGUUUGGAAACAUGGGUUUGAUUCUCAUGUUUUUGUGCAGACUACUUUAGUUGAGUUUUAUUCAAACUUGGGUGAUAAGGAUGGCUCACGAAGGGUGUUUGAUGAUAUGCCCGAAAGAGAUGUUUUUGCUUGGACAGUGAUGAUUUCGGCUCAUGCUCGGAGUGGGGAUAUGGAUUCUGCAGGGAGAUUGUUUGAUGAGAUGCCUGAAAAGAAUGUUACUUCAUGGAAUGCCAUGAUUGAUGGGUAUACAAAAUCAGGGAAUGUUGAGUUUGCUGAGAUUUUGUUUAACCAAAUGCCUGUCAGGGAUAUUAUUUCCUGGACAACCAUGAUGACUUGCUAUUCUCGGAACAAAAAAUAUAGCGAUGUGAUAGCACUUUUUCAUGACAUGAUCGACAAAGGAAUGAUUCCUGAUGAAGUGACUAUGACUACUGUUGUUUCUGCUUGUGCUCAUCUAGGAGCGCUUGACUUAGGGAAGGAGUUACACCUUUACUUUAUGAUGAAUGGAUUUGAUCUCAAUGAGUACAUUGGGUCGUCACUGAUUGAUAUGUAUGCAAAAUGUGGGAGCAUAGACAGGUCCCUUUUGGUGUUCUACAAACUGCAAAAUAAAAACCUCUUUUGUUGGAAUUCUAUGAUUGAUGGGCUUGCAACACAUGGUUAUACAAAAGAAGUGCUAAGAAUGUUUGGUGAAAUGGAGAGGAAAAGAAUCCAGCCAAAUGCAGUUACGUUUGUCAGUAUCCUAACUGCUUGCAUGCAUGCAGGAUUCGUAGAAGAGGGUCGUCGCAGGUUUAUGAGCAUGAUCCAAGAUUACUGUAUCACUCCUCGAGUUGAACACUAUGGCUGCAUAGUUGACCUAUUGAGCAAGGCUGGCUUGCUUGAGGAUGCAUUAGAGAUGAUCAGAAACAUGACAUUUGAGCCUAAUUCUUUUAUUUGGGGUGCCUUGUUGAACGGGUGUAAGCUUCACAAAAACUUGGAAAUAGCUCAUAUUGCCGUUCAGAAUCUGAUGGUCUUGGAGCCAAGUAACACUGGACAUUACAGUCUCCUUGUUAGCAUGUAUGCUGAAGUAAACAGGUGGAGUGAGGUUGCAAUGAUCCGGAAAACCAUGAAGGAUCUGGGCAUAGAGAAGAGAUAUCCUGGAUUUAGCUGGGUUGAAAUCGAUAAGAAAAUGCAUCUAUUUGCAGCUUCAGAUAAAUAUCACCCAUCUUAUGAUCAAGUUCACUUGUUGCUAGCUGAACUGGAUGACCAACUGAGGCUAGCAGGCUAUGUCCCUGAACUGGGGUCUAUUUUAUAAAAAUGAUUUAAGGUCUGUUAGACCUGUUUGUGUAUUGGAUGGAACGAAGUUCUGGAGUAAUUGAAAAAAAUCUCAUGAAAAAACUGUGGUUGUAAGGGAGUUUUCUAUCUUGGAAAGUGCGUAAACUCAGUUUACCCACUUACCAAACAGGCUCUUGGACUCUUCCAAGUUGGAAUAUGAUUGGAAAGCCUUAUGAAAGCAGGUUGAAAUUGUGAUGCAAUUUGUGCAUAGCCUCACAGUUGAAGAAAAACCCUGAUAAUUCGUUGCCAGGAAUUUGAAAAGUAGUGCAUGUCUCUAGGCAGAGUAUUUUGGCUAUUGAAAGAAACUGAGCUAAUUCC